UCAGUGUUCUUGCAAACGUGGUUGAGAACACACACACACCUGGAAGUGAACAACUAAUAUCCCUUUUUUUAUAUCUGAAGUGUACAAGACUUAAGAAAGUGCCUGGUAGAAGAAAACACAGCAAAUAUGAAGUUACCCAUUGAGAGCAUCGUUUCCAAAGUGAUGUUUUGGAAAGGCGAGGGCACUAUCAACCCAGGCUUCGAGGGCGACGAAAAGAAAUCGAAGGAUGAGGGCAAAGUGGAGGUCGAGAUGGCAGCUAACACGGAGGCUUCCGAAGAACCCUCGAGGGACCAGUGGUCGAACCCCAUCGAGUUCCUUCUGUCAUGCAUCGCCAUGUCGGUCGGCCUCGGAAAUGUGUGGCGGUUCCCCUUCGUGGCCUUGGAGAACGGCGGGGGUGCGUUCCUCAUCCCGUACAUCCUCGUCCUUUUGUUCAUCGGCAAACCCCUCUAUUACAUGGAGCUUUGUCUCGGCCAGUUCGCCUCGUCGGGAUCGGUGAGGGUGUGGGACCUCGCGCCAGCUUUCCGAGGCGUUGGAUAUGGACAAGCUGUUGCUACGUGGGCUGUUGUGACAUAUUACGUGUCUCUGAUGGCCCUCACCGUCUUCUACUUCUUCGGGUCCUUCUCCAGCGUGUUGCCGUGGUCGGUGUGUCCCCAAGACGUCAGCGUCACCUGCGUCUCCAAGGACGAUAAUGUCACUGCUCUUGGAGUCAGUGCUUCGAGUAUCGUGUCCUCCGCGGAUGUAUAUUUCAAGAACGAAGUCUUGCAGUCCGACCCCGAAGGCCUCGCCAACGGCAUCGACGCCCCCGAAUGGCGUCUCUCCCUCUGCCUCCUGUUCUCCUGGGUCGUCCUCUUCGUCAUCCUGGCAAAGGGCGUACAAGGCUCGGGAAAGGCGGCUUACUUCACAGCCCUCUUCCCCUACCUCGUCCUCUUCAUCAUGCUCAUCAGGGGCGCCACGCUCCCUGGCUCGCUCGAAGGCAUUAUGUUCUUCAUUACGCCCCGCUGGGAAAUGCUCCUUGACCCCGGGGUGUGGUACGCCGCCGUGAACCAGUCCUUCUUCAGCUUGUCCGUGGGCUUCGGCUCCAUCAUCAUGUUCUCGUCGUACAACUCCUUCCGCCACAACGUCUACCGCGACGCCGCCAUCAUCUCCGUGACCGACACCCUGACCUCCCUCCUGGCCGGUUUCACCACCUUCGCCAUCCUGGGCCACCUCGCUCACCUCCUGGAAAUCCCGCUCGAGAAGGUCGUUAAGAGCGACGGCACCUCCCUGGCCUUCAUCAGCUACCCGGAGGUGCUCUCUCGCUUCGACUGGGCGCCCCAGCUGUUCGCCGUCUUGUUCUUCCUCAUGCUGUUCACUCUCGGGGUGGGAAGCGCCUCCGCCCUCACCGGCUGCAUCAUCACCAUCAUCUGCGACGAAUUCCCCUCCUUCAAGAGGUGGAUCGUGACCCUCGGCGUGUGCGUCUGCGGCCUCCUGCUCGGCCUUUUCUACGUGACUCCUCAGGGACAGUACAUCCUCACGCUCAUCGACUACUACGGCGCCGGUUUCAUCAUCUUCAUCCUGGCCAUCACUGAAGUGGCUGCCGUCCAGUGGGUGUAUGGCAUCAAGAACUUCUGCCGAGAUGUCGAAUUCAUGCUGAAUAGGAAGACCGGCAUCUACUGGAAGUUCUGCUGGGCUUUCCUCAUCCCCGUCCUGCUGGCCUUCAUCUUCAUCUACGGACAGUACAAGGCCGAGCCUCUGAAAGCUGCCGGCUACACCUUCGGCCCCGGUGCUAAUGCCUUCGGUAUCUGCAUCGCCGUCUUCGCCUGCCUCCUCAUCCCCAUCUUCUUCGUGGUGGAGGUCAUGAGACGCCGGGACGACGCCGACUCCCUCCUGGAGGCCGUGAAGAGCGCCUUCAAGCCUAACGCCGACUGGUGCCCCAAGGACCCCAUCCUCCGCCGGGAGUACCAGCAGUUCAAGGCGUCGCACGGGAAGCCCGAGUUGGAGGGCAUCGACAACCCCCUUCCUCCUGUGGCCUCGUCGGUGUCCUUGGCCUCACACAACACCACGGCCUCCGUCAUGCAGUACAACACCAGUGUCUAAGUUCCUGUUUUGCGGGUUCUCAUGUUACCAAAAAGCAAGAGAAAAUAGAACCACAAAGAUAUUAUUAUCUAGAUUAGUCUAGAAAUGUUUAUAUAGCUCAUCAUAUCAUCAAGUUCUCUGUCAUCAUCAUCUAUUAUUCAGCACUGUAUCAUGUAUCAAUAGGUAGAUGUCAUAUAUAUAUAUAUA